AUGCAAAUGAUGGGACGGGCCACAAUGCAUUUGCGCUCUGCUGCAUCCUCUCUAGUUAGCAGGGCGCGACUCAUCCCCAGCAGUUUCUUAUGGCCUUGUUUAAUACUCACGAAAGAAUCGCUCCACGUGGGUGUUAUUGCUUAUCGCACAUUUAUCCAUUCCCGCGUGCGGCUCGUGCUGCGGACCGCUGUUGGAGUACCCAUCGCCUCCGUCUCGCUUUAUCUUUCUUAUGCCCUUUUCGCCUGGUAUCCGGAGCCAACAGCUGCAGUGAGUACCGAUUCCGUUGCUGACAGGCCGCUGUUGCGAUGCACAAGUGAUUUGCUUGAGUUUGGCCGCAGUUGUGCUGGUCGCUACCAUCGUAUCGAAAGCAACAGUACCGCAGGAAUGACGGGUUGGGGAAGGAAACUCCCCGAGUCGGAAAGAAAUGAAGUAGUGGGCGAUGUGCUUUACAUUCUGCGGUGUAUAGAGGCCAUUAGAGGAACCUUUGAGGAGCGGCAACUUGUAACACCUCGUGCGGAUCAUGGUGCCGCGUGUCCUGCGGAAGAACUGCUGCGGAUUGUUUUGGCCAUCUCCCUCGAUCAGGAAUGGUUUGAUAUUGUGGAGGCCGCUCGCGAGAUGUUUGAGCAAGUCGUCAGGGACCGGCCGGUGCCUGUGCAGGCAAAUGUGACCAGCGCUAUUGCUGACCUUUGCGCACUUUCCUACGAACUGGAGCAUUGCACGGACUCAUCAGAGGUGACUGUAACCCAGCGGCAACGUGUGGCACGGGCUGUUGAUUCCUUUCGUCCGGAAAAGUCUGUGCGGGAACUGUGCACCAUCGCAGCUGAGAUCGCCGUGCUUCCGCUCGUGGACCUUGACGAAACCACGCGUUGCCUCAUGUUGACGCGAAAUAGCCCGGGCUACCGUCCACAGCUUAUCAUAACAUUCAUUGGCACGAAUAGCUGGCGGAGUUGGUUGACAAACUUAAGAUAUUGGCCGAGAGCGCCUCCUGCUGGAUUGUUCGGCACUCAACUUCGUGUUCACGCGGGCUUCUUGGAAAUGUUGCAAUCCAUUCAUUUCGCUGAGGCUGCGGAGGACUUUGAUCAAAUCAUUCUCAUUGGACACAGCAUGGGUGGUGCUCUGGCGCAACUUGCUGGAGUGUGUCUUGCCAAUGGUAAGUCGUCUCGUCGUGUCACAGUGCUGACAGUCGCGUCUCCCCGCGUAUUUGCGGUUCGGCACGGCACUUUAUGGCCCUUAAGGAGUUGGCUAAGUGGAACAGAACUGACAAAAAAUGAGAAGGUUGUGAUUGCAGGUGCUGAGGAAGGGAGGGAAAUUGAUGAUGAAAAGAAUCAACAUGUGCAAUACAGCGACUGUGAGGCAGACGUGUCGCGGGCUCUCCCCGAAAACUACCGCCAUAUUCGAGUUUUUAUGUAUGCCGAUGUGGUGCCGAAACUCCCCCCGGUGUUUCUGGGUUACCACCACGUCGGGACGCCGCUGCCGUUGCACACGGGUUGCCCGACACGCAAGUCAUUUGUUGGUUGGGGACUGUGGUCCCAAUGUUUCCACAGUGCAGAAAUGUAUAAAGCCGUGCUUGAGCGGCCCGUCGUGGCGCAGCGGCAGCGGUAUUACAAAUCCUUAUCAUAA